CCCUGAGCGCUAAGCAGCAAACUCCACGCGCUUCAAGGGGCUCGCCCUGUAAUUGCUAGUCGACUCAGUUAACGAGUCGGCAAACCUGGCGGAUUUAUUUUACCUCCAUACGCCCUUUACUCAUACCAUUCUUUCCCUCGUCAAUGGUUCCGCACAGCCGACAUCAUCAAAUUACCCCCGGAAUCUUUACGGCUAUGUGUGCGAAGGCGCCAGCCUGAUAAAGCAUCAAGCAACGGUUGGGUCCGCUAGGUCGCCAUCGUCAGCGGCGCUAGAUGGUUCGCUCCUAAACACCGCAGACAUAUAUCGGCAAUUCGAAGAGAGGGGUAUCUUUGUGUCGAAGUUGCUGUUAUUGAAUGGUGGCUUCAUUCUUCGUGUUUCUCUGUUUUUGCUUUCUUCUGGCGGAGGGAAGUGGUCGUUCGCGUUGGUGAGGAUCUAGCGUCAUCCGGCGAGUCGCAUUAGGACGAACAAGAAGAGACCUAGGCGAUCUGUAGAAUAUAUCUCGAAGUGCUUUCCUUUGCCGCUAGUAAUCAACCAUAAGCAACAUUUCCCAGAACCUCUUCAUUUGAUGUCACUGGUGGAAAACUCUCGGCUACGCUCAUUACGUAAUCGGGGUUAGUUCAGCUUAUCAUUCUUAAUCCCGAGGGAAUAAGCUAUACAAGAGGUAUUCAGCACUGUGCGUGAAGUUGCUGUGUGAUGAAUCGAUAAGGUAGUGUCGGUGCAGCUCUCAGUGAUUCAUACGUCGUGUCUGGUUGAGGAGGGCGUCAGAGUCUUCCCCCGUACCCUGGCUUUUCUCCAAUAGUUUCGGUACGCAACUGCAGACAACUUUGCCGUAGUCAUUAUCCCAGCAUGCAUAGCUUGGAUAUGCCUACUGAUGUGAAUCUUUGAAAUUCGUGUUCACGACAGGAUCUUUCUUUGUAACUUUUAUAGCAAGAAGGACUCGGCUUUCUAAUUACAUUUAUUGAUAAGCCAGUUAAUUAGUUAGCGGUCAAUCAGCCCCUGUACAAUGGUCUACUUAUAAUAGGAUAAACUAAUACCAUAUUUAUAUGUGGUCACUAUAUAGUGCAGCACAACAGAAAUAGGCUGUCGAUCCAAACAAAUCAAACGAAAUCCAACACCGAACUGGGUGUUAGUGACUGACUAACAAACAAACCAACGCGUACUGGCUAUUGCGUUGGCCGCAUCGUUUUAAGAAGAAGCAGGAAUUAUGUGACUUUCAUGUUGAUAAUUCGAAAGCGAUUCGCUCCCUCUCUGCCAGUCACCUUCUUCGAUGUAGCUGAGAAUCAAGCCGAAAGCUAGUUAGCUUAAAAAGACGAUUGUAUUCAAUAUCGGCCCCGUGUAGCAGUUGUCCGUCUCCCUUUGCCACUUAUUGAUACCUGCGUGCGGUUAUUUUGUCCUGUUUCGUUGGAACGCAAACGACCGAUCCACACAACUGGUCGUCGGUGGCUGUUCUGCUGCGACUCGCUGUCUAUCAACUGUGAAAACGGCGAAGGCAACAGUGCGACGGAACAGAUAGCGUCGCGGAAUUGACUGGCCUUCCGAAAGGAUACACCCUACUCUGCCACACUUGGCGUGCCACACAGUACGCGAUUUGUCGAUUGGGCGCCAAAGAGGAACCAUGGACUGUAGGUCACUGUGAGGUUUGUCGGAGAGGUUUCUGGUCAACAAGACAAACUUCUGGAUUUACGUCGACCCAUUAUUUGCAGUAACAGAGUCGUGGCUGGUCGCCGUUGCCGUUUGUUGGUUCUGUAUUGGUUGUAGCGUUGUUGCUUUUGAAUUCAAAGAAGAACAAGCUGUAAGCGGCACCCAUAAUGGCGUCAGUAUCUGGUGAGCUAACGACAACCUACAAAAUCCUUGUACUCGGCGAUUCAAAUGUGGGCAAAACAUGCAUUGUGCAUCGCUUUUGCGACGAACGAUUUUACGAUACCUAUAUAUCAACAAUCGGAAUUGACUUCAAACAGAAAAUCAUCAAUCUCGAUGGAACGCCAGUUAAAUUGCAGAUCUGGGACACUGCCGGCCAGGAGCGGUUUCGAACCCUGACGACAGCGUAUUACCGAGGAGCUAUGGGAAUCCUUAUAAUGUAUGAUGUUACUAACAUGGAUUCGUUCAACCAUUUAACCUAUUGGUUCCGCAACGUCGAGGAGAACGCUUCGCCUGAUGUUGUGAAGGUCCUUGUUGGCAAUAAGUCAGAUGCCUCGUCGCAAAGACAGGUUGAAACCUCACAACUCGCAAAGAUGGCGGAACAGCUGGAUAUUGCUUAUUUUGAAUGCAGUUGCAAGCAGAACAUCAAUAUUCAGGAAGCGUUCAUCACGCUUGCCCGGCUCAUCCGUAAGCAACGCGAAGAAAAAGAAAAGGCAGGAGAGGGUGCGGAGGAUACAAAGGAGUGGGGCAAAGAUAUUAGUCUUCGCAAAGACGACCAGGUUAAAGAGAAAUGCCAACAAUGUUAGGCGUGCAUCAAAGGAGGAAAUGGUGCAGACGGCAGCGAAUGGAAUUUUCGAGGAGAGUGACAGGGGCUAUGGCGAGAAGUCACGGAAAGUGGAGGGCGGUUCAAAAAGGACAACCAUACGCGUUCGCGUACAUAUGUAAUCUGUAUCGAUAGGAAUCUCUUCCUCUCUGUAUAUAUAUAUAUAUAUAUAUAGAGCGAUGAUUCGUGAAUGCUUCUAUAAUUUUGGGUACCGCCUGACGAAAUGUUUCAAAAACUUACUGAUAAUUCGUGCAUACUAGCCGUGUUGUAAAUAGGUAGAGAGGUUUAGGGAGAAUCAUGAAUGCCUAUAUUUAAAAACCUAGCUAACUUUCUAAUGGGUCAAAUUGGUUAGUUUGCUUAUAUUGUCACUGUGUCACCUCCGCCUAUUGCUAUCAUCAUUAUGAUUAAUAUCGUAAUUAGUAAUAUAUAAUAUAGUCGGUUGAUGAGGCCAACAAUCACAUGGAACGCUACUAUAAAAGAAAAUGCGAUGUUAUGCGUAAUUAAGUAGGAAGUUCACAAAAAAGAUGCAGCAUAGCUAUUAUCUAUAAAUUGUUUGUUGUCUCUACUAGCAGUCUCUACAACUAUCGAUCCGGUGUGAAUGUAUAUGUCAAAGAACGUUGGUAAUUCGACCCACAUUCAAAGAUACGUGGUGAUGGAGCACAAUUUAACGCAAAAUUCGCUGUAGAUUUCUCAGUUACUUCGAAUCAAUGAAAAUUCUACGUUUUAAUUCGUUUGACAGUGUAUAAUGUGCAGUGGUAUGCAACCUCGUGGCCAUAGACGUCGAUUUAAUGGGAAUGGUUUCAAUAGAUGAACGGUGAUUAUAAGGUAUAACAGUUACAUAGUAACUGUAUAUCUGUGGUACUUUAGUCGAUGUAUGUUAGGAUGAUAUUUAAAUGAAGCAAUACUCUAAAUUUACAUUUCUCUAGCUACAUUAGUUGAAAAACUAUAUUGUGUUUCACAUUUCUUUACAUAUGUGACUAAGCUGUGUCUUUUUUGGGUUUAAGUUAACAAUCGGCACGACAGCUAAUAGCCGUGAGUGGAUUGAACCGGCCGGCGUGAAAUCGACGUGCGUACAGCGAAAACAGGUCGCAUUAAAUGGGCGACAGUUAUUUUGUACCUUUGUUCAACACUCAAUUGUAUUAUAAAAUAUAAACGCGACCCUUUAAGUUAACUACUAAUCACAAGAUGAAGCAUCAGGGCUUCUGUACCUCUUCAGUUGAUAGCAAUACCAUAAGACAGAUGUAUAUGUAUACACACACACAUAUAUAUAUAUAUGAUUUUUGUUUGUAGUUGAUUCAUAAUUUUCUACUCAUAUAUAAAUAUUUAACGUGUACCGGCCGCACUGUCUGUACGGUGCUAUAUUUAUUGCGUCUCAGCCUUAAAGGUGGCACCUUCCUGCACGAAUCACAUUUUGUCUAAUGUGAAACAAUAUAUACAACAGUAGAGAAAAUAUCUAAUACUUACAAAGGCCUAUUAUGUUU